GCUGAAGCCAUCAGCAUUUGUCCCGGACGGACAGGUGGCGCGGCGUGUCCUUUCUCGUGUAUCGGUGACAUCAAUGUGCUAUUUCUCGUGAAUGCUCUGCUCUGUUCGAAGGACUACAAAUCCGAAAAUGUAACCGUGACCAGUGUUCUGCCGGAUGUGCUUACUUUUAUGGCCGUGGCCGUAUAGUAAUACGCAAGUAGCUGAUUGAUUCAGGGUGGACGGUGCAAAUUCUGUGCUAGCAACAGCAACGCUGUGCUGAUUGCCAGGUGUCCUUGGUGUCAACAAACGGCUUAUGAAAAGCAGCAAAGCAAAGUGGAAACACGAGGCUACAUCUAUAAGAUUGUAACGACGAAAUUUCAAUCCUAAACCGACGGAUUCGUCGGAGGUGGACAUUAGACACUGAAUCCAGGAUGCAUUCACGGGUGUUAAUGGUUUGCUGGCGACGCAAGCUGUUUUUUAUCGGGGCCGCCUUGCUGUUUCUGUUCGCGCUGUGGUUCUGGGGUUUCCUGUACACGACGCACAUCACCGAGGAAGGCGGUAAGAUCGUUUCGUUGCGGGAACUAAUGCUUGGGCGUACGCAUGGUCGUCACGAAAGUCUGCUUCAUCGGUUGGGCUUCUCCGAUGCGGCCCCCAACACGGAAACCGCCGCAUUCCGGACCUCGUACGGCGGUGGCUUGGUCGCCAAUGGAGGGGUAAGGUUCGUAAAGCCCACCACACCAGCAUCGGGCGUAAGUAAAGCACGCCAGGGUAAUGAGUGGGAUACGAUCAUGCAAGAUGACCAUGACGCUCGACACGGUGGAGAUGAAAAGGUGCAGCGGCAGAUCUCGGACGAAAUGCGGAUCGCCGCAGAAAGGCAAAGUCAUUACGAGCAUGAACUAAAACGGAUGGGUGUACCGGUAAUAGCUGGAAUUGGUCCCGGUGGUAAGGGAGGAUCACCGGUACACAGAUUGGUGCAUUUCGAUUUGAAAGGAGCCCCACCGAAGGUAGCCUACCUGAGGCGUUUACUACCAAUCUUGAAGACGCUCGGUGCAACGGGCAUACUGCUCGAGUACGAGGAUAUGUUCCCUUACGGUGGUUCACUAGCACCAUUGGCGGCCCACAACGCCUACAACCGAGACGAUCUGUUGCAGAUCUUGAAGACGGCAUUCGCCCUGGGACUGAACGUUAUACCACUGGUGCAGACAUUCGGACACCUGGAGUACGCACUGAAACUGAAAGAGUUUACUCAUCUCCGCGAGACGGAGGAUUCUCCGCAAGCGCUCUGUCCGAGCUAUAAUGCCUCCAUGGCAUUUCUGGAGGAACUGCUAGGCCAGGUGAUCGAAUAUCACACACCGGCAGACAACGAAAAUCUACUCCAUCGGGAUGACAUCGAGCGGCUUACGCCUAAGCUGACGCACGUACACAUUGGGUGCGAUGAGGUGUUCCGGUUGGCCGAGUGUUCUCGCUGUCGGCAUCGACCCAAAGAUCAACUAUUUCUCGAUCACGUGUAUAAUGUGGCAACAAUGAUACGACGUCGAUGGCCCAAGCUGCGCAUCAUCAUCUGGGACGAUAUGCUGCGUCACAUGUCGCUCGAGGCACUUCAGGCGUCCGGCAUCGGACCGUUAGUUGAACCGAUGAUCUGGGUGUAUACGGAGGACAUCUACAAGUUCGUCCAGUCGACCACCUGGGAGAAGUAUGCGUCGGUAUUCCGGACAGCAUGGGCUGCGUCGGCAUUCAAGGGUGCACACGGUGAGGGCCUGCUCAUGCCACCGAUACGACGUCACCUAGAGAAUACGCUUCGAUGGUUAGCAGUAAUGCAGGGCGAGGGGAACCGCUUCUCACACGGUUUGCAAGGACUCGCACUAACCGGCUGGCAACGGUACGAUCAUUUUGCCAUCCUCUGUGAACUGCUUCCGACCGCUUUGCCUAGUUUGGCCGUCUGUUUGUCCACGGCCGCAAAGGGAUAUUUCGAUGUCAGCGCUCGAACCAACCCAAUUCUAAGUAGUCUAACCUGCCCAGAACCGACCGGUGAGCAUCACGCAUGGUUAGAGCUACACAAGGACUCGCUCACGGUGACCUUUUCGCGCUGUAUGUUCCCGGGCAGUGCGAUUUACCGGUUUGCAUUACGCCUCACGGCCCUGUUGGCGGAAUCAAACGAGUACAUCGAAGAUAUCAAGCAACACCGUGGUUGGCUUACGGACUAUAACAUACGUCACAAUUUUAGCUCCGCUUCACGGGUCGAUGAGUUACUCGGAGAGAACUACCGCCUCCUUAACUCCGUUUCCAACUUGGCACGCAAUGCCGGCUCGACACUGGCUGAAGUAUACGAUCAUUGGACAUAUGGAGAAUUCAUCGAGCAACGCAUCUUUCCGGUACUAGAGGAGCUGAAACGGAUGGAACGGGCGGGCGAAGCGCUGCGUAAGCGUCGUGUAUGGCCACAGCGUCCGUUGCCAUACCUAAAACCAUUCGAAGUUCUCGGCAUCGACGAAAAAACCUAGCUAGCCGAGUACGUCAAGAUACCGUUCCGACACUGAAAGCCGGAAUCAAUCUUGAUGCAAGCGUCUUGGUCAACUAGAUUAAUUCACCGGCUCUAUUGCUCUAACCGUAUUGCGACGGACUGGGCCUAGAGACUUUUCACUAGUAAACUGGUGUUUUUCAUCAGCAGUCCGACAAAAAUUGAAUGCAAACAAGACUGACCGCACCGUGCUAUUGGUAGAGUAUCUAGAAGUGAGUGAAAAUCCCGCAUCAAACGGAGCUAGUGGAUAGUACAACACGACACAGAUAGGCAAAUGUUACGUCCAAUAAAGACCGAUCA